ACUUGAGCAUUAGCAAGAGCAGAGCAAGAGAUGACUUGAUAUAGAAAAUGAAGUUGUUGGAUCGCCGCUUUUAAACACAACACCUAUAUUUAUAUGGCAUCUUAAAUACAUGGCGGUGGAACUCCAGGACUGGAUUUGAUGAACCCUUCAGUCAGAUGACAGUAAAAUGAGUUUUGUGUAGAAUUUGCUUUCAUUUAUUUAAAACCUUUCCUAGGCUAUAGGUUGUGUAAACAAUGCUGAAGUGGUUUUCGGCAGAUGAGUCCGGCUCUGCUCAUGGAGCUCCUGGCUCCCCAUCGGUGGACACCGGAGGCACUGAUAUAAGAUUUUCUGAAAUCACUGAGCAGUUGACGCAAAUGCAAGAACUUGUGGCUCAUCUAAAGGAGUUAAUCAGGGAGAAGGAUGCAGCACUCGGCAAUAAAGAUGAACAAGUCAAGGAGCUGACAGAACAAAUGCAACUCUUGCGGAGCGAGAGAGAAAACUUUCAGUCAAAGCUGGAGGCAGAGCGCCACAUUUCUCGUGCUCGGGUCAGAGAUCUAAUGGAGAAACAUGAGGCUGAGCUCCUCAAGGCUGCUAAUAAACACGAGGCUGAGAUGUCAGAGAAGGAGCAGGCCUUGCGCAGACAGCUUGAGACUCUUCAGCGCUCUAUAACACUACCUGCAGACGCCUCAGCAAACCAAUCUACCUGCAUCACAGAUCAGAGAGUCACAGAGCUGCAAGCUAAAGUGAAACUGAAAGAUUCCGAGGUCAGUAAAGCAGAGGCAAAGUUCUUAAAGAUGAAAGCAUGGUCCAAGUCUCGGAUUAGGCAGCUCGAGCAGGAACUCAAAAAAGUUCAGUCUGGAGUAUCUCCUGAUAUGUCCCCUGACAUCACGUCCUUACAUGGUCGCAUUACUGAAUUACAAGAGGAGAGAGAGGAAAUGCUCAGCAAACUGGAGCUGUAUGAAGAUAUGAAGGCAAAAAAUGAUGAACUGCAGAAACAGCUUAUGGAAUAUAAGGAACAACAGAGGAAGAUGCAGGCCGACCUUGAACAGGUGACCAAGAGGGCAGCAUCACAGGGGAGUGAGACCUGCAGCAUGGAUGAUGUACAGGUGAUGGAGUGGCAAGAAAUGGUUACCAUGGUGACGGAGGCAGAGAGGGUUCGAGAUCAGGGUCACGAGAAGAAUGCCAUGUCCUUCAGAAUAAGCCACAUCGAGGAGGAGAGAGAGGAACUGAUUGAGGAUGACUGGUUGUUUCCUGGCUGCUCCGAUCCAGCAUUAGCCAAUCGGCAACAGGAAGUGGAGGAGGAGUUGGCCCAGGCCCAUGGACUGAAAAGCAGGAAGCCUAAAUAUUUCACCCCACGCAACCUGCAGGAAGACUUGGAAUUUCAUAAUAGGCAAGACCCGAUAGGUCCCAGUGAUUGCGAUGUGAAUGGAGAGAAUAUGGGUGGAUGGUGGCCACAGCACAGUGCUGCAGAUACAGAUGGUUUGAGGUCUGUUGUCGAGGAGCUUGAACUGGAGAGAAACCAACUACAGGAGCAGAUUUUGGUCCUUGAGAAACAAUGUGGAGAUCUAGAGGACCGUCUGCAACUUCAGGCUCGCAUUGAAUUACUACAGAAUGAGUCUGAGCGGCUGCAGGCACAGGUCGUCAGUCUUCGCAGUCAGCAGAUUAAAGACACAGAAAAGCAUCAGCUGCUCAUCACCAGUCUGAACAAACAACUCCAAGGACUGAGCUGCACACAGGAGUGUCUGGAGUCCUCGCUCAUGGAAAAGGAGCACACGCUUGCCAGAACCUCAGAGAAACUGGAAUGUAUUGAGAGUCUGAGGGAGGCUUUAGAGACAAAAGAAAAACAACAGCAAGACACUGCUGACAAACUUCUUCAAACUGAACACAAUCUGGCUGAAGUUAAAAAGACAUGCAGCACCUUUGAGAAGGAAAACUCAGAGAUGAAAGCAACUGUUGCAGAGCUGACACUCAUUGGUGUACUGAAAGACAAGAUGCAGAAACAAGAGGCAACUAUAGAAUCAUUACAGAGUGAUCUGGCUCAAACAAACGAUGAUCUUGACAGACUGAACACAGCACAUAUGGAAGAAAGAGCACAGCUGGUUCAUGACUUGCAGAGCUGUGAGCGGGAAAUUGAUAGACUUCAAGAUGUCAUCACUGACAAGGACAAAGAAAUUCUGGCUUUAUCAUCCAUCACAGCAGAAUAUUCAGAGCAAAUCCAUGAAUUAAAACAGGAAAUGAAGCUCAAAGAGGAUGUGCUGAAUAAAGUCGAACGGGAUGUUCAAAUCUUCAGAGACCCACAGCUUUCUGACCAACAGUUUUUUAACGUGUUAAUACCUCAGCUGAUUGAACAAUUAAAGAGAACUGAAAGUGAUCUAAAGGUAGCGAAAAAAGAAGGUGAGUCUAAGAGUGAUGAAAUUAAAGACUUCACAAAGCAAACUGAGGACGAUAAGAAAACAAUCCAGGAUCUCCGCAUGGAAAUACAGAAGUUGAGUAUGAAUGUCAAAGAUCACCUAUUGGAUAGAGAACAUGUGCAUGAAAAAGAAUUUGUCAAAGAGGAACGUAAUAAAUUGCUUGAUGAAGUCAGCAAACAUAAAAGUGAGCUUUUGAUGUUCUCUAGAAAGUUUGAGGAGCAGGUUGAAUGUCAAGAGCAGCUUAAGCAAGAUGUCCAAGACAAGUCAAAGAUAAUAUGCCUAUUGGAGCAGAAACUGAAGGCUGUUCAAGAGGAGACCGUAGCAGAGAGGGAUAGAUUUAACAAAGAACUCAAGAUUCGAGAUUUAGCGAAAGAAACCCUUGAGAAAGAUUUGUCUGAUAAAAUUGAGAGUUUUGAAUCUGUGAAAGAUAACAACAAGAAACUUCAAGAAUCAAUUGAGCAGAAUUUUGGGGAGCUUACAAGACAAAAGCAGCUUCUGGAUAAUGCCAAGGAGGAAAUACGAGCUGUGCAAGAUCAGAAUUCCAACUUGCUUUUACAAGUCAAAAGCCUCACUAAUGACAAUUGUCAAUUAAAAAUGGAAAUUGAGUCCAUUGGCCAGUCUCUUUCUGAUGUUUCAGAUGAAAAGAUAAGGUUGGUAAGCAAAAUAUCUGAAGUUGAACUGCAGCUGUUUGAAAGGGUUAAAACAACAGAAGACUUGCAGAUGGAAAAGGAAGAGCUAGCUCUCAGAGGAACUGAAUUGAACAAAGAACUUGAACAAAACAAGCAAUCAGUGGCUGAGAUUUUGUUAGAAAAAGAUUCUGUUGUCAGACUCAAUGAGACAUUGACUAGACAAACUCAACAUUUACAAGAAAUGUUCGAAGAGAAACAAAAGGAAAUGCUUACACUGACGCAGGUUGUGUCUGAAAUGAACAGCAAGGUCACAUUAACUCUCAAAGAAAAUGAAGAACUUUCUUCGAAAAUCAUUAGUCUUGACGAACAGAACAAGUGCCUUCAGAAACAAAUGAAUGAACAGAUGAAGUCACUCACAGAAACAAAAAAGGAGAGAGAGACAUUACAAAACAAAGUCUUGAUUUUUGAAUCGCAAGAUGUGGAAAACCGCAAACUUAUAGAAGGUUUACUUAAGCAAAAGGAAGGUUUGCUUUUGCAAGUAGAGGAAUACAAAGUUAUUCUACAGAAACAGCAGUCUGGAGCUGAGACCUUACAGGAAAAGUCUUCAGAAUGCGCAGCCCUCUCACAAUGUCUCAGAGAGACCAAAGAGGAAGUAGAUCAUCUUAGGAGAGAACUUGAAUCCUCCACUUCUCAAGUCAUUCAAUACAACCAUAUUGUCCUUGAAAAAGAAAAGAUCUUAACAGAUCAAAGUGCGCAAAUAGAAGCUUAUCGGCACCAACUCGAGGAUUUACAAGAUAGUAUAUCCAUACUUCAACAACAAGCAAAUGAACAUAAAUCAGGCUUGACAGAGAAAGACAUCCUGCUGCAGACAGAAUCAAAUACUGGUGUUUUGCUACAAAAGGAACUUAGUCGUGAAAGAGAACUUGUUUUUAGCCUCCAGCAAGAGAUAAGCACUCUGAAAAUGGACUUGGAAGUGAAAGAAAGCACUUUAAGAGAAACAAAUCUUGAGCGUCACAAUCACUCCGAGGAAUUGGAUAAAAGAAACGAGUCAUUGCUUUCACUGACUAGUCAGCUUGGUAUUAUGAAUACAAAUAUUGUGAAGCUUGAAUCUGAUCAUGCAAAUGUAAAAAAUACUUUAGAGAUGCAUUUGGCAGAAAAUGGUAGACUAAAAGAGGAGUUGAGACAGAAACAAAUAGAGGUUGUAGAAUAUCAGGAUAGUUUUCAGGCAAUGAAUGACCAAAAUAUUGUAAUUAAAUCUGAACUGAAGAAUUCAAUGGGAGAAAUGUUUAGACAACGAGAGAUGAUCACUUCUCUACAAAAUGAAUUGGCUAGCAAAAGAGUGGAACUGACCUCUUUGACUGAACAGUUCAAAUCGGAGCAAUCUCAUCUUGAAGCUUUACAACUCACUCUGCAGGAAAAAGAAAACGUUUUCAGAAUGCAGGAGAUGUAUGUAAAUCAGAUGCAGGUCAAACUGUUGGAAAGUGAGGACCAAAUCACUCAGAAAUUAACAGUGAUCUCUGAGCUACAUGAAGAGAUUCAGAAUUUGCAGAAAGCUUUGCAAAACAAAGAUGUUUUGCUGUUAAAUAAAGAUAAAGAGUUUUCUCAGGUUAAGACUACGUUAUUGGCACAAUCAGAAGCAUCUGAAGCCAGACUGAAAUUAGAAAUGGGUGCAAUUGCUAAAUUUCAAGGGGAAUUACAGAACUUACAAGAGAAGAAUAACCAUCUCAUCAGCAUCAUUAAUGAAAAGGAUUCUUUAUUGAUGCAGGAAAAAGAGAAGUAUCUGAGCUUGCACAGUAGUUCGUCAGAACUGAACUUUAAAAUAGAGCAAUUAACCUCAGAGAUCACACUACUCAGAGAAAAACAAGCUGAGAAGGAACUAAUCACAUUUGCUGCUCAGUCGCAAAUGCAGAAACUGGACGAACUGUACAAGAAACUUCAAGAGGAAUAUAAUUUCACCAAACAGGAGUUGAUUAAAGUUGUCAAUGAAAAAUCAUUAAAGGAAGAAGAGGUCUGUAAAUUGGUCCUGGAAAAGGAAGAGAUCUGCAGAAGUUCCAGUUAUCAGAUUCAGAGAAUUCAGGACCAGGUACAACACCAAUGGCAAUCCAGCACCAUGAAUGAAGUGGAGGAAGAUACGCCAAUGGAGAGAGAGAAGCUCCACAUCCUGGAGUCCAUGACUUUGCAGGGUAAAGAUGUGUCUCCAGAACAGUUGCAUAGCAAUCUGCAUCACUAUCAGCUAGAGAUCCAGCAAAGAGAAUCUGCCCUCCAACAACUCAACAUCAAGUUGCAACGGGCAAUUGAGGAAAAGGAAGAGGUGUCGACCCAAUUGAACACUGUUUCCAAGAUGCUCAGAGACACACAGCAGACUGUUAGUGAGCUCCAGAAUCGCUGCUGUUGGCUGGAGAGACAAUUUCAAAACCAGUAUUCACCCACACAGGGUGCAGUCUAUGCAGAAGUUCCACCAGGAGCCCCUCAGGAACCAAUGCGUGCAAAUUUUAACCCAGAUGGAUCAGACAGCGGAGACCUCAGGAUGAGGCUAGUUGAGGCAGAGUUUCAUCUGUCUCAGUUAAACUCUAGAUUGGAAGAGGAGAGAUCAAGGAGAGAGGCCGCAGAGGAAGCCAUGCGGUUGACCGAACAGAGAGUUGUGAGCAUGGAGUCAAAACAAUCAUGGAAUGCUCAAAGGGACUUUAGUAUUCAGCUGGAAACAGAGGAGCAACAGUAUCUUAUUCUUCGGCCAAGCCAGCACACGGUCUUGCACAAGAUGAGGAGUGGGGUUCACCUGUGCCAGCGGUGGCUCAAAGGAAGGAGUGUAUUUUGCUGUUCCAAACUACUGACAUCCAGGGGAAAGUCACGCUACAUAUUCAUCGGCUACCUUCUUAUGCUUCAUGUGCUGGUUUUCGUGUGCCUCAGUUGGUCUCUUUAGAGAACAAUUGUCAUCAGAAUCACAAAUUGCACUAUUGUUGUAAAACAAUAAUCCAAACAAUUCAGCUUUCUGUUAUGCAUAAAAUAAACAGUGUAAGAAUGUCUAUAUAGUUGCUCACUCAAAUGGUGUAAAGCAGAAUGGUGAACUGUGGUUUUCUUCAACCUUGAACUGAAACUUACUGGUCAUACUGGUUAUACAACAGACUUUAACACCAGCAUUUAUAAUAGAAAGACCUCAUGCACAUUGGCAGGUACUACAUUAGAUGUUUAUCUGAUGUUAUGGCUAUGCACUGAAAUCUUAAAUUUAGCUAUUAUGUUUUACCAUUCUAAGUUAUUUCAUGUUGUAUGUGUGCAGAGAGAGAAUAUUGAGUUAAUGUUUUAUUGGUAUGCUAAGUGUGCGUAACUUUUAGGAGCCAUUAUAAGGAAGGAGACCAGCAUUGUGAGAAGCUUUACAUAUAUUUUACUAUGAAUCUGAUUAUUGCAAUGCAGAAACACUGGAAUUGGUGCAUGGUUUCUUUUGAGGGUUGAUUGUUUAUGUGGAAUUUACUUGUAUAAAACUGAUUUUCUUUCUUUUUUUGUAGAGUCAAGAUUUAUUUUUAUUUUGCAGUCACACUACUACCCUGUUGUGCAAUACUAUCUAUAAAUGGAGUGAUAUGAGAAAAAAGAGUGAAUGUUUGUUGAAUUAAACUACUGAGACCUUC